AUGUGCUUCCCAAAUAGCAAAUCCACUUUCCUCUGUCUACCAGCCGAGAUCCGCUUCAUGAUCUACCGGGAGAUCUGGACUCUCGAGGCUGACGUCGACAGCGACACCGACAGCGACUCUGACAGCAAUGCACUCCAUCAAGCUCACCAGCAGCUCGAGAUGAUCACAGCCUUUCAAAACCUAGCCAUCACCUGCCGACAGAUCCGCGAGGAACUCAUCACCGAGUACUUCACUCGCGUUCUCCCCAAGACCCAACUCCACCUGGGCAGUGUCUAUCCUCCCCGUCACUCUCUCUACCGCGGCCGUGGCCCGGCUUGUCCUCCUCCCGAGUUCUCGCCUCUAGCCCAUACCAACCACAAAUCUUUCGAGGUACUCCAGUCCUCGUCGCUUUUCAUCGAGCAUACUCAGCACGUCAGCAUCCACUGGGGUGGCUGUUUGUGCACUGAGGGCUCGAUGUAUCAAUGCCCAAUUCGACCUCGCGGCCUGGAAUGGCUGGCAGAGUUGGAAGAUCUCAGGACAGUGGAGGUUGUUUUUACUGAUGAACCGUCAUCUUGCAAGAACUGCCUGGCAAAGCUCCUGAUGUUGCCAAGGACACUGGAGAAGAUCGUGUUUCGGGUGUUUAUUAGCGACGUUGUUGCUGAAGCGUAUGAGGCGCGGCUGACGGAGUGGUUUUGGGGGCAGAGGCCUGAGUUUUUGGCGUACAUGGCGGCAAUGGAGGAGGAUGAGGAGGUUAUUCCUGAGAGGAAGGUGGAGGAAUCGGGUUUAUACAAGAUUGAGCACCACAUUGGUGCUGUUGUAGUCGAGUGGCCUUUGUUGGACACAGUUUGA